AUGGAUCAUAUGAAGAAGAGGAUUGGAGAAGGUGAGGCGACAUUGUAUGGCCUUGGAUGUUUGUUGCGGCAGAUGGGUGAGUAUGAGAAGGCUGAGACAUGUAUUGAACGACGACUUGUUGAACUGCCACAGAAUGAUCCAGAAGAGGCACAAUGUUACCAUGCACUUGGCGUGAUUGCUAUAGACAAAGCCGAUUACACAUUGUCUCUUGAACAUCACAACAGAUCACUCACACUCAAACUGCACACACUAGCACCAGACCAUACAAAUAUUGGGUAUAGUUACAACAGCUUUGGUGAAGUUCAUCGAAAAAUGGGUGAUAAUAGAUCAGCACUGCAGAACUAUGAGAAAGCCUUAUCAAUAUGGUUGAAGUGCUAUGGUGAAAAUCAUGAACUUGUUGCUGGUAUCUACAACAACUAA